AUGACUGGCGUUGAUGAAAUAAUAAAUUAUCAAAGGAAUCCUGACGAUGAUUUCUACGCUUUGUUGGGGUGUGAUGAGAACUCAACUGUCGAGCAAAUAACUACGGAAUAUAAAAUUCUAGCUCUGCAACAUCAUCCCGAUAAGAAUGAUGGUGACAAGGAUGCUGAAGUUAAGUUUCAGAAACUGAAGGAGGCUAAGGAGACGCUUUGUGAUCCAUCCAAGCGUGCUCUUUACGACAAGUGGCGCCUCAGCGGCAUCGCUAUGGGCUACAAACAGUGGCUGGGUAUGAAGGAUCAUGUGCAGCAGUCAAUGCACUGGUCAAAGCCCAACACUAAAGAUCGCAUGUUGGAGGGUGAAUGUGGCCGCGCUUCUGGCCCAUCAAGCCUGGGUCCGAGUAACCCCUCUGCACGUCGCGCUUCUGAGGGUGGCGCUGCACUCUGGGGCCGCUGGGGUACUGGCAACCAAGAACCUCCUUCUGAGGUCAUUUCUAAAUUCCGCAAUUAUGAAAUCUAA